UUAUCAGUUCAAAAUGGCGGAAGGGUCAAAUCGUGGCAAUUUGGAUGAUUUGACCAAUCCGAUGUCGUCAAAAGAAAACAGUGUUUACAACUUUGUACAAACGACGCAAAAACACACAGAAAACACAGCACGUGAUACAAACAACCCCGGGCCAGCUAUGGAGAUCGGCCCAUUUGUCAGUGCUGAGGUCGAUAAGGCAGAAGAUAGUUAUAAUGUAGAAACGUCAAAUCAUCUGUGGCCGAGGGAGGCGGAGCGUGACGAUUUAUUGUUUCAAGAUAGUGACAGCGAAAACGAAUUUAUAUGGGAUAGUGCACGUGAUUCUACGAUGCCUAAACUCGAUUUACUGGAAGAUGCACAACAGGAAAUCCCCCCGACAGAAAUAGGUGAUGAAAGAGUCAUUGGAAACGAUGUUGAUUCUAGGGAAAGUGACAGACUGCUGUCCACGUAUUCUGAUGGACUUUAUAGUGAAUAUAAUGGUCAUCAGAAUGGAACUAUGAUUCCAAUGGAGGAGGAGGACGCGAUGUGGCACUGUCACCAGGACACACCUGCGCAGGUGGAUAGGGUGGCCAGGAAUCAGCUGAUUGCUAUCAGUGUUAUCUGUGUUAUCUUCAUGAUAGGGGAAAUUAUCGGUGGUGUGUUCUCACACAGUGUUGCUUUGUUUACUGAUGUUGCUCACCUGGCUAGUGAUCUCAUUAGCUUCCUCAUCAGCUUAUUGGCUCUCUACCUCUCAACAAAACCAGCUUCAAAGAAGAUGUCCAUGGGAUACUACAGAAUAGAGGUACUAGGAGCACUGAUCAGCAUUUUGAUGAUUUGGUUGGUGACGGGGGUACUGUGUUACACAGCGGGUAAGAGGAUUGUGACAGGAGACUACACUUCUGUAGAGCCCACCUACAUGCUGGCUACUGCCGUAUCAGGAGUUAUAUUUAAUGUCAUACAAAAAUAUCCAUCAAAAUUAAUUGAGGCUGCUAUACAAAAGGCAAAGGAAAUACCCAUUAACGAAUUACGUACUAUUAGACAUCACGAAGAGGAGAACAACGAAAAGAUCCCUUUUGUUCUAACCCACAACCCAAGAAAUCACAACAUCUUUAAAACUGCCAAACAAUUUUUCCCUAUUAUUCAACAAUCAGAAACAUUAAGGGACCUUAUUAAACCAAAGGAUAUACUACACAGCAGGCGUCAACCUCCCAAUUUGAAAAAGAUUCUUACCACUGCCAAAUUUACAUCGAACCCCGAGAAACCGAUGGUUUCUAAGUGCGAGGAUCCACGAUGCGGAACCUGUCAAGUUUUAAAAACCGGACAAACCAUUAUUUUUAAAAACGGAAUGAAGUUUGACAGUUAA